AUGACAUUAUCCUCCUCAUCACCAGCCACAGUGAGCACUACCAGUGACGAAUCAGGCCCAACUGCCAACACACACUCAAUGGACACAACGACUACCAGUGGAGGUUCUGGAGCUACCUCAUCUAGUGAAUCAGAAUCAACAACAACAACAACAACAUCAUCAAAAGACCCGGAUAAGUCUCACAAGAAAGUCCAGGUCAACAUUCUGGCGUUCUACGACCAGGACAUGAGUGGGGAAGCCUAUGGUCAGUCACCAUUCUCCGAUGUGGUACUCAAUGUAAUUAUGACUCUUGAUGAAGGCACACUCUACAUGACCGCUGAAUAUGAUGAGGACGAGAAGGUGUAUGAAUUCUGGAAGGUUAUACCUGGAGAGUACUGUAUCGAGGUUCAGGAUCCAUCCGAACUCUAUGAGACCGGUCCAAUUGGUUAUGGACCAGAUAGCACUCACAACCAAUUCUCCAAUGGCACAUAUUGUACAGAGAUUACCAAUAUCAAUGAUGAAGGAGAUAGAGUGUCCAUCAAGAAUAUCCAACUUGGAAUGAUUAAAAUUGAAUGA